AAUAUAAAAUUUUUUUUUUUUGAUCAACAAAAUUUAACAAUAAUAAUGGAACAUGUUGAUAUUGAGGCACAACAAGCCACAUCAAAAUUACACAGUGAAUGGGCAUUUAGAUUUACAAAUGAUGAAAAAUAUCAAGCAGCAAUUGAUACAUUUGUAAAAUCAUUUGAAGAAGAUAAACGUGAUGAUUUACGUAGACUUCUUGGUUUUUGUAAAGCAUUAAUUAAUUUUACAAGAUAUACAGAAGCUGAUGAAAUAUCAAAAAAAUGUUUAGAAAUUGAGCCAGAUAAUUAUAAAGUAAAAUGGAUGAGGGUUGAGACACUUUAUAAAAUUGGUGAAUUUGGUAGAAGCCUUGUAUAUGCAUAUCCAGGUUAUCAGUGUCAUCAGUGUCGAUAUCCAUUUGAGGAUGCAAUUUAUAGAGCAAAUGAUACAAUUGAAAAUUGUAUUGGAUGCAAUACACUGGAAAAUGUUAUGGUUGAAAUGUUAUCAUGGAUAAAUAAACUUCAAGAACAACAAUUUAAUUUAAUUGCUAAAUUAUCAGAUGAUGGUGAUGAAUUUGAAGGAAUUAAUAAUGACAAUACAAAAUUUAAAGUUAAUGAUAAAAAUUAUCGUAAAGAUUAUAAAAUGAAAAAAUUUGAAAAUUUAUUAACAAUACGUUAUUUAAAACUUCAAUCAAUUGAUAAAUUUUUUCUUGAAAAUAUAUUUAUCAUUCUCAAUAAAUAUACAAUAAAUAAAAAUCUAUUAUUAUUAAUAAACGACCAGCUACAACGUUUUAAACAAAUAAAAGAAAUAAAUAGAAUACAAAAGCCAAUUUAUACAAAUUUUUUUAAAAAAAAUAUACCAAAUAUAAUUAUUGAACGUGAAAAUAAUGAAAUUAAAUUAAAAAAAUUAAAUAUUAUUAUUGAAAUAAAUUAUUUAUUAAAUAAGCUUCAUGAAACAAGAAUAAAUAAAAAUUAUUCUAAUUUUUUCAAACUUGUUGAAAGAAUAAAAAACAAAUUGGAUACAUAUCCAAUUUAUUUAUUUCCAAUGAAAAAAGAGUGUUUGAAUCAAAUGUACAUAAUGGUUGGUAAAACAUAUAUAGACCCUCGAGACGUGACUAAAUUUAACGAUGAAAAUACAAAAAUACGUUAUUUAAAACAUCAUCUUGGUAUUAAAGUUUCAACAAUCCCAAGGGAUGAAGAUAUUGCAUGGGUUAUAUUAACAAAAUCAACAAUAACAACAACAACAACAAAUAAUAAUGAAAAUAAAUUAACAAUACUUGAAUUAUUUCGUAAACGUAUUGCCCUAACAUCUGAUCCACUUGAACUAACUUGGAUUUAUCAUGAAUUAUCAAAAUAUUAUAUUAACAAAAAACUCUAUGAUCUAGCACGUUUUUAUGCUAAAAAAUCACGUGAUUAUUCUUAUAUAUCAAACAGCGAUAUAUGGACAAUAAAUGCAAAUCAUUUAUUAAUUAAAAUUGAAAUAAAUCAACAUAAUAAAAAUGAAGCUAAAGAAUCAGCAAUAAUGGCAUAUUUAGGAGCUCAAAAAAUAUCAUAUAAUUAUCUUAUAAAUUUUUAUAAAUAUACAAUAAUUUAUAUUGAUAAUAUAAAUUUUAAUAUAAUAAAAAAUAAUACAAAUGAUAUUAAUAAAAGAGAAAUAUUAAUAUUAAAUUUAAUGUCAAAUAAUAAUAUUAAAAUGAAUAUUAAUAAUUUAUUUGAUCGUAUGAAUGUUGUACCAGCUAAACGUAGAUUAUCAAUAAUGCCUGGUUGUAAAACAAUUGAUAAAAAAUAUAAAAUAUCAUGUAAACGUAAUACAGUUAAAGAUAUUAAUAAUGAUAAAAUGUUAGUUAAAAAAUUAAUAUAUAAAAAUGAAUUUAUUGAUAAAAUACCAGGUUGGAUGGAUUUUCAAGAAUAAAAAUAAAAUUAUGUCUGAUGAAUAUUUUAAAUUGAAUUGUCUAAUUAUUUUGUAUACAAUGAUUCACUUGUUACACAAGGUAUAUAUAUGAAAAUCCACAGAAAUUCAAUUUAACAAAUCUCGUUGUUGUCAUUGUCAUCCUUGUAAAUGAAACUAUCUCGUUUCUAAUUUACAAAAUAUUUCAAACCAAUCAAUAUACCAAUUUACCAAUCGAUUAUCAAUUGUUUUUGUUUUAUUUUUUCUAUUAAUUUGACAGGCAAAAAUUAUUUUUUGUAGAUUAAA